AUGCUUGAUUACGGGAAGAAAGAUGCUGCCAUUAUGCUUGGCUAUGCCUUUAUCCUAUCCAUAUCAAUCUGGUCCUUAAUGACAUAUCUCCUUUCCCCCCUGCGCCGUUUCCCUGGCCCUUUCUUUGCAGACUGGACGAACCUAUGGCGCAUGUUGCAUGUUCGCCGAGGAAACUGCCAUAUGGUCAUCCAGGAGCUACACAAGAAAUACGGCCCAGUGGUGCGCAUCGGCCCUAAUGUGCUUGACUUUGAUAUCCCCGAGUUGAUCAAUACCAUUUACAAUAUCAAAUCAGAUUAUUUGAAGGUAAAUGGAUUGCCUAUUCCCGACUUCCUGGAUAAAUUCAUCGAGGCCAAGGAGAAAUGUCCAGAGGUGGUGGAUGAUAUGCAAGUCAUUUCAUAUCUAAUGAUCAACAUGAUUGCAGGAGCCGACACAACAGGUGUUACCAUCAACGCAGCCUUGUACUUCUCUUUGAAACAUCCUCACGUCUGGGAGCGUCUGAGAACUGAGAUACUCGCCUAUGACACCUCUGAAAGCACGGUGAUAUCUUACAAAUCUGCCAAGCAGUUCACAUACUUAAAUGCCGUGGUACGGGGAGCAAUGAGAUGUCAUCCCGCUGUCGCCAUGCUGUUAGAGCGAUACGUACCAGAGGACGGACUUACCCUCCCCAAUAGAAGCCUCGUUCCUGCAGGGUCCAUAGUUGGCAUCAACCCUUACAUUGUGGGGCGCAAUAAAUCUGUCUGGGGCGAUGAUGCCGAAGAGUUCCGUCCAGAGCGAUGGCUGCGCGAUGAACCACGGGAGACCGAAGAUGCGUUCCAGGAACGAUUGCUAUCAAUGAACAAGGCUGACCUCAGUUUUGGCGGUGGAAGUCGUAGUUGUAUCGGGGAGCAUCUUGGUCUGCUGGAGGUGUACAAGGUGAUUGCAACUCUUGUGUCAAGGUACGAUAUCAAACUGGCUCAUCCGGAGAAGGAUUGGAAGACGCAUAAUAGCUUUUUUGUGCGGCAGACUGGUAUUGAGGUCAAGCUUACUCGGCGGACCUAA